AUGUAUCUCACAUCACUACUAUCCCUCGCAGCCCUCGCGGGCACAAGCAUAGCCAAAACACCAGGCUGCGGCGAAGACAUUCCUUCCAAUUACCCAAAAGCAGGCUCAAGCAAGUCCCUCACUCUCCCAGACUCAGACCGGGAAUACAGAUUGUUCAUUCCCGCCAACUAUGACAAGGACACGCCAACAGCGGUAUACUUCUCCUUCCACGGGGCAUCGCGUGACAUGAUAGAGGAAGAAUCUCUGUCACAAUUUUCAAACCCAUUCUUUAACCCCAACGGAAUCGCCGUCUACCCAAACAGCCAGAAUGGCUACUGGCUCUCCAACCCCUUUGCAGAGACGUCGCGCCCCAACGAUCUAGACUUCACCAACGAUCUGCUCACGCACCUGGAAGAAACCCUCUGCAUCGACACGAGCAACGUAUACGCAGCGGGCAAGUCGAAUGGCGGUGGUUUUGCCAGCGUCAUUGCAUGCAACGCCACAGUUGGAAGCCGGUUUGCGGCCUUUGCGGCUGUUAGUGGGGCUUGGUACGAUACCGACGAUAUUAAGGGUGUGGGGCCUUGCGCCCCCGCUAAGCGGGAUUCAGGGUAUCCUUUCCUGGAAUUCCAUGGAACGAUUGAUACGACAGCGCCUAUCGAUGGCGACGGGGAAUCCAAGCUGCCUGUCAUUGAUAUCCUGCAGGCCUGGGCGGCCCAAAAUGGUUGUGCGAACAACUCGCAGCCAACCAGCAACAUAACUGUCUUUAAUGACCCGAUUGUGAAGCAUGCUUCUUGGGACUGUAACGGGCUGACAGGUAUUGUUCAGCACUACCGUGAGAAUGACAAUGGCCAUUGCUGGCCAAGCACUGUUGGCAAUGAUGACUAUAUCCGAAAUGCUGCACAGUGCCCGUUGGGCAAGUCUGAAUUCAAUGCGACUCAGUACAUAUUUAACUUCUUUGCGGAGGAUCACUCGAGCAAGCCUAGCGCGACAAGUACUAGCACGAGCACGAGUACUGGCUCAACACCUACGAGUACUAAUGGUACUCAUCACAACCAAAGCCCGGAGAUUUCACACCCCAUGUCCUUCCAUGCUUUGUAUCUUAUAUUCUCAGCUGUUGUUAUUAAUUCGAUUGGUAUCUAA